CUUCCGCCUCGCGCACACACACACACACACACACACACACACACACACACACACACAGACACACACACACACACACCCCGUCUGAGGCGUUUCGACGGAGACUGGAUGCUCUGACGGUGGAGACAGGGCAGCUCUUCUUUUUUGCAAUUUUUUUGCAGAACUCCGAGGAGGGAAAAACGCACGAUGAAAUGCCAACGGGUUUUGCCUGCCUGUUACCUGCUGCUUUGGACACUGGCAGGCUCCAAGGCAGCCGAUAAGAUAACAGUGAAGACGGUAUCCGGCGGGGUGAGGUUGACUUGCGAAGGCACAGAUGCAUAUUUCAAAAAAGGCGAAGAGCUCGUGAAAUCUCAAGAGUUGCCCUACAAGGACGGGGCGUCGGGAGAGUACACAUGCGUCCAUAAUCACUCAAAGUCAGAGGAAUACAUCUUUGUGAAAUUUCGGACCUGUGACAACUGCAUAGAGAUCGACCCAGCUUCGAUCCUCGGCCUGGCGGUAGGAAACGUGUUGGCAACGAUCGUGCUGGGAGUGGCCGUCUAUCUCGUCGCGUCUCAGAGUGGUCCAGUCGCCUCUCACAAGAAAAGUUCUGAUCGGCAGCAUCUUGUUCCAAACGAAGGGAGCGGCCGAGGCCCCAACGACCACUACCAGCGUCUGAGAUUCAACAAAGGUGGUCCGAAAGACACGUAUGAUUUCAUCAGCAACAACAGAUAAGAGGGGGAGGAGGCUCAAUGCCUGGCUCGCGGCACCAGACCAGGCCGCCCGCCCGCCCUGCGCCUGCUGGGCGAGGGGAAGGUCCGUCGUCUGGUCCUGGGGGUCCUUGUCAUGACGGAUGUCAGCGUUAGUGUAAUUUACUCUUUAUAGCUUCUUUCAGACGUGUACUGAAGUCUGGACGUUUGCCUGGAGAAUUGUCAGAGGAAGCCCGCGUGAGAAUACAGCGCGGGAACUCUCCGCGAGAUUCGCGGCGAGCGGGGUUGGCCGCUCCUCCCCUCGCCCCGAAUGUUCUGAAAAUGAUCUCGCUGCGGUGAACACGUCCCGUUUGCGCUCCACGUACAGCAUGCGGACGAUGGACCGGAAAAUGCCUGGACCCAAUUUUCCAGACAUUCUCCGGCGUUCGUGCGUGGAAAGAGCUUAUUAUAGUGUUUUUUGACUCUGUAUCUUUUAGCCGCGUAUUUUCACUGUGCCUGUGUGACGCUCUUCUCGCUCAUGGUCCGUUGAUAUUCUUUAUCGCGCAUCCAUGUUUGUCUCUUCAUAUAAUGUAAGUAGGGCUGCAACAAUAACCACCGUCUUUUUCUGACAAACAAUGGACAUUCCUGUGUUGCUGAAAUAAAAACAAUUUGGAGUGAAAA